CCCAUCCCAUCCUCCGGUCGACCCCUCCCCACCGCCGCAGCCACACCGCCUCACCGGAGCCUUGCCUGCCGCCGCCGCCCACUCCCGGUCUCAUCGCGGCACCCCCAGUCCCGACGCGGCCGUAGAAGCAGUGGGGGCGUGAGAGAGGAGCCACCGCUGGUUUCCUUUCGGUGCAACCCUCGUGACCUCCUCCCGCUUCUACCUCGCCCCGGCCGAUCGCAAUGGGGAUCUAGAGAGACCCCAAACUCCCUUCGGUUAUUCUCUACCACUGAGAGUUAAAUGGAGGGUGAUCUGUAAAUCUUGUAUCAUAAUAGGGUUUGCUUUUAUUUUUCUUUCCCUGUUUGCUUUGGUGGAAAUAAAGCCUUCCAUGGCAUCUCCGAGAGAAUCGAACUCCCGGUGCUUGAAGCGCAAACUUGUCGAAGAUUCCCUGUCGAAAGAGUGUAAAUUUCGUCGCGUCAAAGCAGCGAAUGGCCCCUCAUUUGAUUUAUCUUCCAAGCGCUGCAACUGCUGCUGCAUUCGACCUAACCUUGCCAAUGAUUGUGUCAAUUUCCUGAAGAGUGGAGUCCCAAAGUGUAUCAUGUAUUACAAACAAGGUUCUUGGCACAAUUUUCCUGAGCAAAUAAUGAAGUUCCUGGUUGAAGAAUUCAGUGGCAACAAAUCAAGUGUUGUUUCUGUGAUGGAUGAUGAUCCUGUUCUAAUUGAUUUCUUGUCAAUGACCAUGGUAAAUCUAACAUCCAGAAAGCAGAAGUCUGUUGCCUGGAUUGAUGAUACUAGCAAAUGCUUUUCUCCUUCUCUCAUCUUUGAUGAGGAAAUUGAUGAUAUGGUCAAAGCGGAUGCUGCUAAUGCUCAGGGUACUGUACAUGGAAUUAUGUUGGAUAAGGCUGUGAAUUCUCCACCUGAAGUGGUGAAGCAGGUUGUUGUUGAAUCUAGCCUUCCAGCUUCUGAGAGACCUUCCAAUGCAGACAUAUUACGCAAGAAGAUCAUAUCUGUGGAAAGAGGCAGCAAAGACUUUCUAUUUGUCCAGGACCUUUUCCUCUCUGGUAUGGCCCCAUUUGCAACACCAAAAAAUCUACUUCAUGUCUACCGCUACUCUCCGAAUGAUAUAACUGCACAGUGUAGACUUCAAGCUUUUGAAAAACAGAUAGUGUCCACCAAAGAAAAACGUGGUGACGCAAAUGUAAGAUAUGGAUGGCUAGGAUCAAGGAAGAAUGACAUAGUCAGAAUUCUAAUUAAUGGUUUGGGUAUCACUGGAAAACCUGCUGAAAAGUCAGAUUUGAGUGCUGGUGUUUAUCUUUCACCAGAAAACCGAACAUUUACCAGCGUCGGUCUUUGUGAUGUUGACGAAAAAGGUGUGCAGUAUAUAUUGCUGUGCCAAGUGAUAUUGGGCAACACAGAAGCUGUGGAUCCUGGAUCUCAGGAAUUUUUUCCAAGCAGCGAUGUAUAUGAUUCUGGUGUCGAUGAUUGUCUCAACCCAAAGUGUUAUGUGAUGUGGCCAUCACAUCUAAGCACUCACAUGCGUUUAGAAUAUCUUGUUAGUUUCAAGCUUUCCCCAGACAUUCGAAAUUAUUUGCUUCACUUGAAAGGAUUGUGGUUUCGCCCAUCUCAAAAGGAAGUUGCAGCGGAUAUUUCUACUCUUCAACCUGCUUCAUGCGAAAUAGGUGAAGGACCAACUACCCCAUGGAUAUCAUUCAAAGUCCUGUUCGGAUUAGUUCAAGACAAUAUAUCAUACAUAGCAAGGGAACUGCUCUUCCAUCAUUAUGAAGAGCUGAAGGAAAGUAUAAUAACUCGUGAAGAAAUGGUGAGGAAGAUAAUGAUAAUAGUUGGAAAGGAAAUACUUUUGGAAGCAUUGAAUAAACUUCAUUACUGUCCAUCACUAUGGUACAAGUCUUCUGUUAAAGCUGUGUCUGGUGAUCCUGCAGUGCCGCCGGCAGCAGAGCAGUUAUCCUUGAAAGAGACAAGUAGGUAUGCUCUUAUUGGUAACCAUGCUGAUUCACAUGCACCAAAUUCUAUGCCUGAACAUUCUGGUGCUCUUAGCGCCAAAGGAUGUGGUGCCCUUCCUACUGAUAUAGUGCCCAAAGGCCGUGACUGCCCAACACCAUGUGCUGUGCCAAAAAUAUCUAGUUCUGCUGCUGCCAAAUGCCCAGUUUCUCAAGGGGUGGAAUCCAAAGGCAAUCCUAGACAAGUAAUAUCACUGGGAAACUCUGCAACCCGAUUUGCGAGGUAUCAAGAUCCUAUUGUAACAAGAAUGCCACCUAUAAGUCGUGAUGGCCUUUUGGAGAUGACCUCUAAAUUAUCUGCAUCUCCUGGUAUGGAAGUUUGCAGUUCUGUUUCGCCAACCACAGGCCUUCCUGGUUGUGCUCCAGCACCAACUAAUACUUCGAAGAGCCCUGGGAUUUUGGCUCCAGUUUUUUCUCCUAGUCCUAAGGGCUGUGAAUCUGUUGUGCCAACCUUGGCACUUGGUAACCCAAAAGGUGCAGGUUCCAAAUGCCUCAAUUCUGCACCAAUGACACCUGGAGGUCAGGAAUUUCUUUCAUUGAGUUUUGCAUUAGAACGCCCCAUCCCUCAUUCGGUGAAAGGUCCAGACAGUUCAACAUCGGCUGCCAGACUUCCACUCUACGCACCUGGGCGUCGACAUUCACCAUCUGUGAGCACCAAACCCUGUGGUUCUCUCACACUGAGUAUGACAGCAAAAGACCAUGAUCCGUCGGCAUCGAGAGCAGAGACAAAGAGCCAUGAAUCUCCCACAGCUGCUACUAGGCCAGAAAGCCAUCGCCCUCAAGCCAUGGAUGCAGCCACCAAGGUUCAAAAUGCUCCCAAACAAAUAACCGGGGAACUGAAAGACCAGGCUGCACAGAAUAAGCUACCUGGGCCGAGCCUUGAAGGUAGCAGCCAUGCCUUUUGUGCAGCUGACACCCUCGUGGCCCUAUCAACUCCACAGGAGUAGGGCGAGCGUUAGAUUAUGUGUCAAGUUGUGUACAUUCCAUGUUGGGUUCUGAAGCAUAUAGUGUCGCUCCUCCAGUGGGCUGUUUUUGGGGCACUGGUGUAAACCAGUGGGGAUCGAGUGGGUUUAUCUCCCUGGGUGAGAAGUCACCCCGUCAGCCCUGAAGUCUGAUCAUAAAUGGCAAGUCCGUGGUAAUAAACUGUCAACGAAUAUAUCUCC